AUGGCUUCCAUCGGACAACCGUACUUUCUUGAGCAAAACAAGGCCCAAGGGCUUGCCAAUUACCCACAUGCCCGCAUUAUACCCAUCUCAGCAACCCAAAAAAUCAUUCACGUAUCCGGCAUAUCUUCGAGACGGGGCGAUGGAACACACGAGGGCGUAAUUAGACAAGAUGACGGCAGCGUGGUGUUGGACAUCCGCGAGCAGACGGCUGCGGUUCUCCGCAACAUUGAUCUCGUUAUCAAGGGCGCUACGGACGGCGAAGGGGAUAUCCACAACGUCGUUGAUGCCACCGUCUUCUUGACAGAUGUCGAAGGGUGUUAUUCUGGUAUGAAUGAGGAGUGGAACAAAGUCUGGCCAGAUCGGGCUGCUGCACCAGCAAGAACGACAAUUGGGGUGAGGGAGCUGCCGAACAAGGUGCUGUUGGUCGAGAUCAAGUGCACGGGAAUGAUUGGUUCUUGA